UCAAACGAUAAAAUUCAAAAUCCAUUGCUAACAGUACAAAUUUAGCUUCGGUUCGAGAACCACGUAAAUUGUAGUCAGUCCGCUAACAACAACAUGAAAUUCUCGUCAGGCUUAAGACCAAUAUGGCAAUCAACGCUAUCAAGAGUCACAUUAAAUCGCCGCCUGGCAACAGCAGCAACAUCAUCAAUCACUCCAGACUACAAUGGUCCGUCGUUUGAAGACGUUGUUGCCAUACGGCAGAAAAAUUUAGGGCCGACGUUGAAGUGUCACUUUAAGACUCCCGUGCUGAUACACAAUGGCAAAAUGCAAUGGCUGUUCGACAGCAAUGGCAAAAAAUAUUUGGAUAUGUUCGGUGGCAUUGUGACGGUUUCGGUUGGGCAUUGUCAUCCGAAAGUCAACGCUGCUCUCAAAAACCAAGUUGAGACUUUGUGGCACACCACCAAUAUCUACUUGCAUCCGAAGAUUCACGAAUUUGCGGAGAAAUUGGCGUCAAAAAUGCCUGGGGAUCUAAAGACGGUGUAUUUUGUCAACUCGGGAAGUGAAGCAAACGAUUUGGCAAUGUUACUGGCACGACUUCAUACUAAGAAUUUCGAUAUACUGACCUUCCGCAAUGCCUACCACGGAACGUCACCAUAUACCAUGGGACUUACAGCUCAGUCGAGUUGGCGGUAUAGCCUACCCGGUGUCAAUAGUGGCAUUCAGCACGUGCUCAAUCCAGAUCCAUACCGUGGACGUUGGGGUGGUAAAAACUGUCGAGAAUCAUCGGUACAAACGACAAGGGAUUGUGCUUGUUCGCCAAACAAUUGUGAGGCAACACAAAAUUACUUUCAAGACUUGGAAGAACUGUUCCGAUAUUCGAUACCAGUUGGCAAAUGUGCCGGAAUGUUUGCUGAAUCCAUUCAAGGAGUGGGUGGUACGGUGCAGUUUACGAAAGGUUACCUAAAGCAGGCUGCCGAGCUAGUACGCAAGAAUGGUGGCGUUUUCGUUUCCGACGAGGUGCAGACCGGUUUCGGUAGGACAGGCUCCCACUUCUGGGGUUUCGAAUCGCACGACAUUAUACCCGACAUUGUAACUAUGGCAAAAGGAAUCGGAAACGGAUUUCCAUUGGCAGCAGUUGUGACAACUUCGCAAAUCGCUGAGAGUCUUACGCAAGCAUUGCAUUUUAACACUUUCGGUGGUAAUCCUAUGGCCUCUGCUGUUGGACUGGCAGUUUUAGAGGUAAUCGAGGAAGAGAAACUCCAAGAAAAUUCAUUAAAAGUUGGCAACUAUUUCCUCAAAGGUCUCGCCGAACUCCGAUCAAAGUUUAACAUCAUUGGAGACGUUAGAGGACAGGGUCUGAUGAUUGGAGUUGAAUUCGUGUCGAACAAGGAUACACGCCAGCCAUUAAGCAAAGAACAUUUCGGCAAGAUCUGGGAAGAGUGUAAAGAUUUGGGUGUAUUGUUCGGCCAAGGUGGAUUUUAUGGGAAUGUGUUAAGAAUUAAGCCACCUAUGUGCAUCAAUAAGAGUGAUGUUGACUUAGCUCUGGAUGUGCUGGAAAGAUCAAUUAAAGCGCACAUUUAAACCGUCA